AAGAAACCCCCAACAUUAAAAUGUCAGAAGGCAUCAGCGUGGAAGCUUUUGAUUAGAAAUUUUGUGAUCAAAACACGUGCUUGUCCUAGUUGUGGUGCUUCAUGGGGGGGAUAGGGGAAGCUAUGUCUUCUUAUGGUAAACAUUACCAAAUGAGGAGAAAAGGAAGAUGUCAUCGAGUAUCGGCAGCAAGGCAUUCUUCUUCCCCAUGCAGUAUUAAGCACUCCCCCACACGAGAAACCUUGACAUACGCUCAAGCUCAAAGAAUGGUUGAAAUAGAAAUUGAAGGUCGCCUGCAUAGGAUCAGUAUCUUUGAUCCUUUAGAGAUUAUCUUAGAAGAUGAUCUUACAGCCCAGGAAAUGAGUGAAUGCAACAGCAAUAAAGAAAAUAGCGAAAGACCACCAGUUUGUCUAAGAAGCAAACGGCAUAAAAAUAACAAAGUGAAAAAGAAAAAUGAAGCUCUACCAAGCUCACACGGUAUACCUGCUACAACAACUCCUCUUCCAGAACCAAAAGUACGGAUUGUUGAAUACAGUCCCCCUUCGGCUCCUCGGAGACCCCCAGUUUAUUACAAAUUCAUUGAGAAGUCAGCAGAAGAACUUGAUAACGAAGUUGAGUAUGACAUGGAUGAAGAAGAUUAUGCGUGGUUAGAAAUAAUAAAUGAGAAGCGGAAAAGUGAUGGAGUAUCAGUUGUUUCACAAAAUAUGUUUGAAUUCCUUAUGGAUAGGUUUGAAAAAGAGUCUUACUGUGAGAACCAAAAACAGGGUGAUCAUCAGUCUUUAAUUGAUGAAGAUGCGGUGUGUUGUAUAUGCAUGGAUGGUGAAUGUCAGAACAGCAAUGUAAUCCUGUUUUGCGAUAUGUGUAAUUUAGCAGUACACCAGGAAUGCUAUGGGGUGCCAUAUAUACCUGAGGGCCAGUGGCUCUGCAGACACUGUCUGCAGUCCCGUUCUCGGCCUGUAGACUGUGUGCUGUGCCCAAACAAGGGAGGUGCCUUUAAAAAGACUGAUGAUGAUCGUUGGGGACAUGUGGUGUGUGCUUUGUGGAUUCCAGAAGUUGGAUUUGCCAAUACAGUUUUUAUUGAGCCAAUUGAUGGUGUCAGGAACAUUCCCCCAGCCAGAUGGAAGUUAACAUGCUACCUCUGUAAACAGAAAGGUGUUGGUGCCUGCAUCCAGUGCCACAAAGCAAACUGCUAUACUGCAUUCCAUGUGACGUGUGCUCAAAAGGCCGGUCUAUAUAUGAAAAUGGAACCUGUGAAAGAACUAACUGGCAGUGGGACAACGUUCUCUGUAAAAAAGACUGCCUAUUGUGAUGUACAUACUCCACCAGGUUGCACACGGAGACCUCUAAAUAUUUAUGGAGAAGCUGAAAUUAAAAACGGUGUUUGUAGAAAGGAGGGAUCAGUCAGAACUGCUAGGUCUACAUCAAAAGUCAGAAAAAAGACAAAAAAGGCCAAGAAAACAGUGGUUGAACCCUGUACGGUUAUGCCAACAGUAUCUGCUCCUUAUAUCCCCCCCCAGAGAUUAAAUAAGAUUAUGAAUCAGGUGGCCAUUCAGCGGAAGAAGCAGUUUGUUGAACGAGUGCACAGUUACUGGUUGCUUAAAAGACUGUCUAGGAAUGGUGUUCCUCUGUUGAGAAGGCUGCAGUCCAGCUUACAGUCACAAAGAAACACACAACAGAGAGAAGAUGAUGAAGAAAUGCAGGCCUUAAAAGAAAAAUUGAAGUACUGGCAAAGGCUGCGCCAUGAUCUUGAAAGAGCACGUUUGUUGAUUGAACUUAUACGUAAGCGUGAAAAAUUAAAAAGAGAACAGGUCAAGAUUGAGCAGGUUGCUAUGGAACUUCAGCUUACUCCAUUCACUGUACUUCUGCGAUCAGUUCUGGAUCAGCUGCAGGAAAAGGAUUCUGCUCGUAUAUUUGCUCAACCAGUGAACCUUAAAGAGGUUCCAGACUAUUUGGAUCAUAUUAAACACCCUAUGGAUUUCUCUACCAUGCGAAAACGGUUAGAUGCUCAAGGCUAUAAAAACCUCAGUGAGUUUGAAGAAGACUUCAAUCUUAUCAUAGAUAACUGUAUGAAAUACAAUGCAAAAGAUACAAUAUUCUAUAGAGCUGCAGUGCGGUUAAGAGAUCAAGGAGGUGUAGUUCUCAGGCAAGCUAGGCGAGAUGCUGAAGGAAUCGGUUAUAAUAAUGAAACUGGAAUGCACUUACCUGAACGGCCUAAACUUGAGUCACCCCAGCCUUUCUCUUGGGAAGAUGUGGAUAGGUUACUGAAUCCUGCGAACAGAGCACAUAUGUCCUUGGAAGAACAGCUCAGAGAGUUGCUAGAAAAACUUGAUCUCACCUGUGCAAUGAAAUCCAGUGGGUCAAGGAGCAAAAGAGCAAAGCUGUUAAAGAAAGAAAUCAGCAUUAUUCGCAACAAACUAAGUCAGCAACACAACCAAGCUCCUCAAAUAGAAUCAGGUAUUGGAAGUUUUGAAGAAGAAAGUGCAGCAUUAGAACAAGAUGGAGAAGAAGAAGGAGAUAAAUCUCCCCCUAAACUUGAACCAUCAGAUGCAUUACCUCUUCCUUCAAACUUGGAGACUAAUUCAGAACCACCAACCCUCAAACCAGUAGAACUCAAUCCAGAGCAGAGUAAGCUUUACAAAAGAGUAAAAUUUGAUAAUGAAUUAUAUAGCACUUCCAUUCAGAAAGAAAUAAAUGGACACACUCCAGAACACUUACUUGACAGUAAUCUCAAUGAGUCGACUGUUUCUUCUGUAGCUGAGUCAUCAACUGAUGUAAACAGACGUACAUCCAUUCUCUUCUGCAAAUCGAAAAGUAUAAGCCCCCAAAAGUCUGCAAAGAACACUGAAACCCAGCCAACUUCUCCACAGCUAGGGACCAAAACCUUUUUGUCUGUAGUCCUUCCAAGGUUGGAGACACUUCUGCACCCAAGGAAAAGAUCAAGGAGUGCUUGUGGAGAUUCUGAGGUUGAUGAUGAGUCCCCUGUAAAGCGCUUGGAUACAGAAAAUUUCAAUUUCAUGAUGAUGAUAAAAAAUCUUUUUAUUCAAAAGAAUUCAGCAUACGUGAGCCUUUCCCUCCAAAGCCAAACCAUGAUAGAAGCAGCAUGCUUCAGGCUUCUUGCAUGCAUUCUUGUGAGUUAGCAACUUCAUGAGUAAUCACUAGUUGAAAAUGAAUUAUUAUUGCACAGUUUUGUUUGACUGGUAUGAAUGUUAAAUAUCCUUAAUUCUAGUGGAUGUAGGAAGAAAGUAAUUAAAAAGGAUUUUGUUUGAUAAACAAAACAUUGAUAUUUUUAAGGGGUCAAGAGCUGUGCUGUCCCAUGUUAUUUCUUCCUUACCUAUUCAUAACCAAUGUGGGGUUUUUGCCAUUACGUAAGGAUGCCUUGUUUUGUCCCUCACCUUACUCUCUUCGACGUUUCCCCCUUUCAUGUCACUCAUAUGUAUUCUUAUGUGAAGAAGUUCAAAGGAAGACUCUAAAGCUUACCUGGUUAAGUAAAACCGCAUCUGCUUUGUCUGAUGUUUCAUUAUUCUCAUCGGCUGCCUUUUGUUAUGCUCUCUUGAAUUACAUUUGAGACUGGUGUGCUUGCCAGUUAGCUUCAAGACAGACACACAUACAAGAUCCAUUGGCACACUACUUUGUAAGUAUGGUGUCCCAUAUGGUGUUGGUUUUUAUAUACAGAAUAAUUAUUGAAAUGCUAGCUUUUUUCAGAAAUAGGGGACUAUUGCAUAACAUGACUUAACCUUCAAAGAGGACUGAAAGCAGUUCAAUUUUAAUACUCUGACCUCCCUUUAUAUCUGAAUCUUUGUUUAGAAAAUAUGAAGCAGUAGUAUAAUGUAACCUUAAAGUUUAAUAUCACAGUGUUCUACUAGUUCAUUAUCCCUUACAUGUGUAUCAUAUCUUUCCCCAUAGUUCCUAUGCGGAAGCUGACAACUACAUAGUAGAGAGAUGUGUCUAAAAAUUUCUUAUAUAUACUUGAUGUAUCCUGGUUUUGCUUCAUAGGGUAUCUAGCAGUUUCAGAAAGAAGAUGAGUUCUUUUUACUUAGGAAACUUUGGUCACAGCAGAGACUGGUUUAUGAUUGUUAAAGUUCAGGCAUGUCAGAUCUUAACUGUGACAAGUUCAAUGACUUUUUCAAAAUAUCCAUAUUAUACUUACCUUGGUCUUCUGUUACAAAGGUUAAUCCUUUUUGUCAGGAAGUUAAUUGGUGCAGUUAUUACAUCUGAGAAAAAUAAAGCUGAUUAAUGGAUGGAAGAUAUAUUUUACCAAUGAUUUUAAAAUUUGCCUCUAUCAGUUGUGUAUAGGUAAGAAAUUCCUGGAACAAAUGACUGUCUUAAGAUACCUUUUGAGCAAUGUAAAAUGCUGAUCUAGCUUCAGAUUAAAUUUUCUGGUUGUUCUUGGUUUUACCAGUCACCUUUAAGCUUUUAUAAAUUUAGGAUAGUAAUCUACAGUUACUGUGUUGGUACUCUCUAUUUCAAUUAGAAACUUCAGCAUUUAGAACAUACUAUUCCAAAGCAAUCACUUUAACUUAUCACAGAAUUAGGAUUGCAAAUAGUGAUUAUUAUAGUGCAAUAUGUUUGUAUCCUAUUAUUUCUUGGCUAGGUAGCAGUAAUAGAAAAUUUCAGUAAAACAUAUAAUUUACUUAGUAGUAUUCUUGCUUCCAGCUACACAGAUAUUUUUUCCAGGCACAAAAAUGGAUGUAAACAAAUAUUUAUAACAUGGAUCACUGAAUUAGAGUAUUUAACACAGUAAAAAGCACUGGGGCUUUUGGGGGGUGGGGGAAUUUAUAAUUUCUUAAUAUACUCUUUGCCUGCAGUUGUCAUCAUACAACAAAGGUAAUUAUACCUUAUUAAAGCUAUUAGCAAAUGUUGGGCUGACUUUGUUUCUACCCGUUGCAGAGUGUUUGACAGCACUUAAGAACCAUCUGCAGGUAACCUGUAUAUGAAUUCCACUUGCAUUUUGUAUAAUUUAAUAUUGUAGUGAUGACCACUUUUACUUAAUUUUAUUUGGUGUGAUAAGGGCAGAGAUUAUAUCUGGGGUAAAACGGAAAACAGGUUACUUUUAAAAUUCUUCAGUACUUGAUUUCUAAUAAAUCUUUGGCUCUCUGGAGCACAGGCCAAUUUGGUUAAAAGUCAAGCUUCGUAUGUGGAACAUUCAAUUACCAUUCCCUAAAUGGAAGAAAAAGUAAAAUGUGUAUCUAAGAAUAUAUGACCUCUAGGUAAAUAACAAACUAAACUAGAGGUUCCUCAUUAAAAAAAACAAAUUGGCAUAAUUACUCGUCUGGUUAACGGAGGCAGGAAUGAUAGUAUAUACAUAUAUUCAUGAGUAAAUUGCAGUAAUUUGACUAAAUCUACUGACAGAUCCCAAGUCCUUAUAUUUUGAAUUAAAACUGUUCUUUUUGUUUUCUUUUUUUUUUUUUUUCCUUUAGAUGCAUAGUGAUUGUUUCCUGUAAAAUCUGAUGUGAAAUGUAGUUAUUUAAGCACUUAACGAUGUCCAAAAACUUCAGCUGCCUGCCUUCAGGAAGUUUCAAAACAUAAACCAUUUUAAGGUGUAUAUGCAAACAAACAAAGCACUGGAAACUGUGAAGGCCUGAAAGGAAUUAUCCCUUGGCUUGUUAAAUUUGUCAGUAUAGAGACACGGGGACUACAGGAGCUCGACUGCUGAGUUGUCAGGAUAAAACUAGGCUGCACAGCAGCCCAUAAGAACCAAAGAAGCUGAGAAAGUGAAGUUUGACUAGAACCAGAAUUACUGGGGGGUGCUAGUGCAUUUUUGCUUGUUUUUCUUGUUUUUCACAAGGUUUGUUGUUUUUUUUGGUUGGUUUGUUGUUUUUUUUUUAAUGGAAUCGUAGGCCCCUGAGAAACCUUGAACAUUUGCCAAGAAAACCAGGCAAAUUAAGGAGAGAAAUUUGAAAAAACCUGAUCGCUGCAUUUCUUUAUUUGUAUUUGGCCUGCUAAAGCUUUAGCCAGGAAUUCUGGCAGCCCUACUAAAAUUUUUGCCAAUCUAAUUUCUGGAAAAAAUUUGAGAAAUAGGAUUUUUGUAGUACAUGGGGAAUAAAAUAAGUGCAUAAGGCAGAAAGAGGGGGAAGGAAACCAUCUUAUACCAGUCAGCAAUUACAAUGACAUUUAACAGACUAAGUGUUCCUUUGGUUUUAUUUAAUGUAAAGAACCAUAGUAUUAACUUCCUCACCAUUAAAAAUAUUUUGCGUAUUUCUUGAUUUAUAUUAUUAGAAUAGAGGGAUUUUCGAGCAACACAGUCAAGAAAAGUGGGGCUUCAUGAACAACUAGAUAAAUGGGGGCUUUGUCCUUUUCCAAGGCUUGUCAAGUGUGUGCAUGCAUGAGAUACAUUAAUAUUUUAGAAAUUUUUCUUGGGUCUUAAACCUGUUAAUUUCUUUGAAAGUACUAUCUUUUGGGUUAUUUUUAAGGUAUUAAUUAUUAGCCCCCAACUCAAAUUGCCAUGUUUUCUAAGAUCAGUAUAACCGAAUCGUCUAUAAUAAAAAAUAUUUCAGAUGGCCUUCUGUUUUUCUUGAUGCUGUAGGAAUCGUGGAGCCUUUUACUGUAUUCUGGCAUUUCAGGUUUUUUGAUUGCUUUAGCUCAUUUAUUGGCCCAGGUUUGGCUUUCAAAAAAAUAAAAUGUCAUAGUCCCCUAUGUGCUUCAUCUGUGGCAUUUAACACUAAUUUUUCUGUGUGGUGCAGAUGGUAAACAGAGAACUGUGGGAUUUAUUGAAGGUAUUAAAAAAAAAAAAGUAGUGAAUUUGGAGAUCCACACUAUGCUUAUAAAUUAAGAACACGCUUGCUGUGGUGUUAAGGCUGAGUGUAUGUGACCUACCUUCAAAUUCACAGGCUUAGAUUUCGUAAAGUCCCUUGUAUCAGGUACAUAAGGUACUAGAGUUGAUCAAAUCACCAUUAUAUUUGACCUGUUUGGAACAUCAUAGAAUAGUUUGGGUUGGAUGGGACCUUUAAAGGUCAUCUAGUCCAACCCUCUCAUACUCAGCUACAGGUCUUAUUUAGGAGAUGGAUGGUCUUAAAAAUGAACCUGAUGACUCCAACACUAACUUUGGGCACUGAACCUGGAAGUCAGAAAUACGGGUGACUUAGGGCUCAUUCUACUGUGAGAGGAGAGAGAGGGGGAGACAGUUCCCACAGUAUGAUUGACUGAAGGAUGAAUGUCUCUCAGAAAGGUUUGUGUGGGGGAUGGUUUAUGUUCUUUUUUUCCUCCUUUCCACUUUUUUCCCCCCUAGAUGAGAAUAGAUUAUGUAGUUACAUGCACAGAGGGAGGUCCUCCAUAAAGAGUAAUUAUAGUAGUGUGUACUCUUUUACUGUGUCAUACAUGCAGCCCAAUAUUUUGGGACACUUAAUUGAUAGCUCUCUUCCAUGUUUCCCAUUGUAGUACACAGAGUCUAUUCCGUGUGAGUAGAGGAAGUGUACACAUAAGAAGGUAUCUCAUACAAAGAAACAUCUAUUACUCAAGAAUAGGUAAAAUACUUGAAACAGCGUUGCAUUUAUUUUAUUACUACCAAAACAGUGUUCGUUGGUCAUGCUGUCACUUGGACUUUGUCAAGCCGUGCUAUCCUAACAUGGUAACAUGCCCUCCACUUUCAUUUUCCUUUCUCUCCUCCUUCCUUUUUUUCUCUUCUCUUCCUUUACUCUUCCCUUUUCCCCUCCCUCCAAAGCUGUAAUAAUACAGCUGUCACUCAGAAAUGACUAGCAGCAUGUCAUUGGAAAAAAACUGAGGCGAAAGCAGAUGUUGAGAACUAACCUUCAGCUGGUAAGAAUGGCUAAGUACUUCAGAGUUCUAUAAAAAUAUUUUUUUGUUUUAGGUCUGGGGGGGGGGGGAAACCAUACUACAGAUUCAUCUCAUUAGAUACAAAGAUGAGAAUACGCAAGUCAGCCUUAUUUUAACUCUUUGUGUUCAGUGCUGCCUAAGAAUAGCAAAGAGUGUUGGUGUUUGAUAGCCCUUGAUUAUCUUCACUUGACUGAUGCUUCGGGUGCUGUGGGGUUGACUGCAUGAGGAGUGAAACAUCUUGUUUUGUCUUUGCAGCUAGCUCCUUUCGUUGAAGCCAGGAAGACAAUCUCAGGAUUGUAAGCACUGUUAAUUUUUGCUAGGCUGGCAUAAAUUUUUAGUGAUGUUAUGGUCUCUAAAAGGAUUCAGAUCAUGCACUUCCUCAAGUACACUGCAAGCUAUCAUAGAAGGAGGCCGUUCAUGCCUUUAGUAUGCACUGGAUCUUUUAUACUGGAUCACUCAAAGUUUUUAUCUCCCUAUAUGAAAUACCUCUCAAGGAACAAAAGGCCUGGAAAAUUAAGUCCAGAAAUGCAGCUGUGUAACCUAGUGAAGUAACUGGCUAAUUCAAGGACUUGCAGUUUACUGUGUUGUCCUGUAUGUCAUCUCAGGAGUGGCAGAUCUCUGGUAAACAUUUCUGCCUUCAUCUCCCUUUCAGAUGGCAACUUCAGUUUCCGUUUCUGUUCCCUGUCCUAGAAUGAGCCACAAAUUAAGAACCAAUUUUUCUAAAUAGCUGUAAAAGGCAAAUAAAUGGUAAAUUAUUUCUUUCCUUUUUAAUAGAGUAGGAUUGCUAGACAUGCUUUCAUAAGAGAGCUCUGAAGUUCACCUGUUUCCUUUUUGUUGGAUACCAUGCUUAGCAAGUGUGUUCUAAUUACAGGGGAACAUUUACUUUCAAAGAAGAAAAAAACAAAUGUGUUGGAAAAAGCUCUGUAUAAAAUCCUUUAGAUAGUAAUUUAAGAAAAAGAAGUUCCAUUUGGGAGAUGGAAUAGCCUGCCUUUAUAGGCCCUCCUGAGCUGCUCUGAAAGACUGCUAGGCACUAGGUUUUUGACGCAAUAUAUUGAUAUUCUUUAUUUAUUUAAGUU